GAAAAAUGCAAGAAAAACAGUAACCCCCUCUUCUCUCUCUCUCUCUCUCUGCGCACAGUUUGUACAUGCCCUAGAUCCACUCGAAUCAAACAAUAAACUACUCACACUCUCAACGCAUCUAUUUUCAGGUACAGUUUAGCGGAAUCUCUACAAUUUUUCUUCUGAAUUUUCGCAUUUUUCGGUAAAAAAAAAAUAAUAGAAGCAGUUUUUAGAGGUGAUUUUUGAAUGGGCGCUUGAAUUCUCCGGGGAUAAAUUUAAUUGCAAAGAUGCGCGAGUUGGAAUUUUGCAUUUUCACUUCAGUUGAGUUUAGCCUUGGUUCGAAUUUUGUUUCUGGAGUGAAUUGUGUAAAUUGUGGUGAAGCAAUGGAAGAAGAGGAGUUCCUGCUGAACUGAAAUAAAAAAAAAAGAAAAAAAAAUUAAAAAUUGUGGUUGCUGCGAAAUUGUGUUUGUUUUUUGGGGGAGUGUAAUAUAAUGGGUUGUGCUUGUGGUAAACCCUACGCCAUUGAUGAUAGUAAGGACAGUCCAGUGGAGAGGCUGCCGAGUAGAGCAGUGUCCGAUUUGCGGGCCCCGCGGCCCGUUUCCUCCAGGAGGGAGGAGAUUUAUCAGGCGAAGGAUCGGUCGGAUAACGGUAGCUAUGAUGGGAGGAUGAUAUUGAUGGAUAAGCAAGUUAAUGGUUCGGUUAGAUUGCAUGGAGAGAAUUUCGAUAGGAAGAGAGAGAAGGGUGAGUAUACUUCUGUGGUGCACCACCACCCUAGGGCGGGGAUGGUUCCGCGAGCAAGUGAGGGUGAACAGGUGGCGGCUGGAUGGCCGCCUUGGCUGGCGGCGGUGGCUGGCGAAGCUAUUAAAGGGUGGCUGCCGAGGCGGGCGGAUUCUUUUGAAAAAUUGGAUAAGAUUGGUCAGGGUACUUACAGUAAUGUUUAUCGAGCCCGAGAUCUUGAUGAAGGAAAAAUUGUUGCUUUGAAGAAAGUAAGGUUUGAUAACCUGGAACCUGAAAGUGUUCGUUUUAUGGCAAGGGAAAUUCAUAUUCUGCGCAGGCUUAACCAUCCAAAUGUAAUCAAAUUGGAAGGUCUCGUUACAUCAAGAAUGUCAUGCAGCUUGUACCUCGUUUUCGAGUAUAUGGAGCACGAUUUGGCAGGACUUGCAUCUCAUCCUGGUCUCAAGUUUACUGAACCUCAGGUCAAGUGUUACAUGAAACAGCUUCUACAAGGACUUGAUCAUUGUCAUAGUUGUGGGGUCCUUCAUCGUGACAUAAAAGGUUCAAACCUUUUAAUUGAUAAUAAUGGAAUCUUGAAGAUUGCAGACUUUGGUCUGGCUAGUGCGUAUGACCCUCAUCAGAGUCAACCUUUGACUAGCCGUGUUGUGACCCUUUGGUACCGCCCGCCUGAGCUUCUACUUGGUGCAACGUAUUAUAGUACUGCUGUGGAUUUAUGGAGCACGGGUUGUAUACUUGCUGAACUAUAUGCUGGCAAGCCUAUUAUGCCUGGAAGAACAGAGGUUGAGCAGUUGCAUAAAAUUUUCAAACUAUGUGGAUCACCUUCGGAGGAGUAUUGGAGAAAAUCGAAGUUGCCUCAUGCAACAAUAUUCAAACCCCAACAGCCUUACAAACGCCGCGUGGCCGAAACAUUUAAAGAGUUUCCCGCACCAGCUUUGGCACUCAUAGAGAUCUUGCUUGCCAUAGACCCCAUUGAUCGUGGAUCUGCUGCCUCGGCUUUGACUAGUGAGUUCUUCAACACAACUCCACACCCUUGUGAUCCUUCAAGCUUGCCAAAGUACCCUCCCAGCAAAGAAUUUGAUGCUAAAGUACGGGACGAAGAAGCAAGGAGACAAGCGGCAGUUGGAAGCAAAGGUCAAAGGUAUAACAACCCUGAUAAGAGAGGAUCCAGAGAAUCUCGUGCAGUUCCAGCACCUGAUGCCAAUGCUGAAUUGGUCUCGUCAAUGCAGAAAAGGCAUGGCCAGCCAAGCUCCAAGAGCAGGAGUGAGAUGUUCAGUUCUCAUCCAGAAGAAUCUGCUUCGGGUUUUCCAAUCGAUCCACCUAGACCAUCCCAAUCAGUCGAAGAAGAAGCAAAUAACGAUCCUCACGGAAAUAACACCCACAAGAGGGCCUCACACUCCGGGCCCUUGGUCAACCGUGCCGCCUGGUCAAAGUCCGGAAAGAACAUGGAAGAUGGUCCUAACAAUAAUCAUAAUAAUCUUGCUAUUUCCGAUUUAUCCGCCAUGUCUGGUUUAGUAGCGGCUAGGAGAAGCAUGCUGUCCGAAGAGCGGAGAGAGAAAUCCUACUCUCACCACGAAGUUCCAAAGCUUAUAUCCAGAUUUCCAGGUUCGUUCAAAGAGGCUUCGUCGAAUUCAUCAACUGGUCAAGACCAGAAGAACAACGUGCAGUACGAAGACGAAAGAGCAAGCCACAAUAAUAAUCCCGCUAAUCUGGGAAAAGGGUCGAGAGGGAAAAAGAUUCACUACUCCGGACCACUGUUGGUUCCAUCGGGCAAAGUUGACCAGAUUUUGAAGGACCACGAUCGGCAGAUUCAAGAAGCUGUUAGGCGGGCCCGCAUGGACAAGGAGAGAAUGCGGAAACUGCAGAGCGAGGGUAAUAAAAUAUCGACGAAUUCAUUGUUCGUUUCAGGUCGAUGAAAUUAUUCGCAAUUCUUUGAUAUUUUAUUUUUUUCCGAUAUGCGAGGGAGGAGAAUUUAUGUAUAGGUGGGGCUGCAGAAAGUAGGGUUUGUUUGGGCAGGUAGUAAAAAGUUCUACAGAAACUCUCCUUUUUUUCUCACUUGCAUUAUGUAAUUCUGUAAUUUUAUUCUAUUUUCAGCAAAUGUGAUUCUUGUAGUCUUUCUUUAUCAUUAGUUUGAAAAGUUUGAUUGUUUUAUAAGUGAAUACAAUGGCAUCAUAUGACUAUAAUUGACUAUAAUCAACUAUAGUCGUAUUCUUGCUUUA